CGUUUCGUGCGGUCGGCUUAAGCGAUGCACGUGAUAUCUCGCUUUCGCUUUCGUCAGCACGUUUUAUCGGUACCGAGUACGUUUGGAAUAAUUAUUUAUUUUUAAAUCGGUUGUGCGCGAGAUAUAAAUGUACGCUAUUUCGAAUUACUGAACAUCGUAUGCAAAUUGUACCUGAUCUGACACGAUCUGUCGUCAAGUCGUCCGACGACGAAUUUAAGUAAAAUUUACUUAUCAUGUAAUUUGUUGACCGCUACCAGUGAUACUUUUUGAUAAUCAUAUCGCUGGUUUUGCCUUAUCGAAAAAAAAAACAAUGGGAGAAAAGAAUUGGAAUGGUUGGAGACCCUUUGUAUAUGGAGGUUUAGCAUCAAUUAUCGCGGAAUUGGGUACUUUUCCACUGGACACGACAAAAACACGGUUGCAAGUGCAAGGCCAGAAGUACGACCAAAAGCUUGCGCAUUUAAGAUAUUCUGGGAUGACUGAUGCUUUAUUGCAAAUAUCUAAGCAAGAAGGAUUAAAGGGACUAUAUUCCGGAAUCAGUCCUGCUAUCUUAAGACAAGCAACAUACGGAACAAUCAAGUUUGGGACUUAUUAUUCCCUGAAGAAAGCUGCUACCGACAGGUGGAUGACUGAUGAUUUAGUUAUAAUUAAUGUUAUAUGCGGAGCAUUAGCCGGAGCUAUAUCGAGCGCUAUCGCUAAUCCCACUGACGUGGUGAAAGUUCGUAUGCAAGUCACUGGCAACGAAACAAACAUGUCGCUAUUUGCCUGCUUCAAAGAUGUGUAUAAACACGAAGGUAUCCGUGGGCUUUGGAGGGGUGUUGGACCGACUGCUCAACGAGCGGCCGUUAUUGCAGCUGUAGAAUUACCUAUAUAUGACUGUACCAAGAGUAAAUGUAUGAGUAUAUUGGGGGAUAGCGUUAGUAAUCACUUUGUAUCGAGCUUCGUGGCUAGCAUGGGGAGUGCUGUAGCCUCGACACCUCUGGAUGUCAUUCGCACACGACUGAUGAAUCAAAGGAGAGUGCGGAUCGCUGGCAGUCAACUUCCGUCGCACAUUUACAGAGGCAGUAUAGACUGCUUACUUCAGACGAUAAAGAACGAAGGGAUUCUAGCACUGUACAAAGGUUUCGUCCCAACGUGGUUCAGGAUGGGACCGUGGAAUAUUAUAUUUUUCAUUACCUAUGAACAGUUGAAGCAACUGGACCAUUUGUGAUGCAUCGGGAUAUUAUGUUGAAAUAUUCCAAUUCUUCACUAGGACAAAGAUUUCGAGAAUGCUUUCUAAUAUGAACAUGAUUCAAAUGUUCUUACCUAAUAAUCUCAGUUAUAUGCGAGCCAACGGGCGCAGUGAAAGUAACGUGUUAAUUAGUUACCUUCGUACGGAUUAAGUGUACACGACUAAAAAAAUUGAAGUACUUUUUCAGCAUUAAUAGAAUCAGGGUGAAAUUCAAAGGAAGAAAGUAAUUAGAAAAUUCGAAGAGCUUCUUAAAGUACAAGCUUCCGCGAGAGGAAUCUUUGCUGGUUGAUAUUUUUGGUGUAAAAAAGAAAAAUGUAUCGGAAACAAAAUCCUCUCUCACAAAACUUGUUGCAGACUCGCGUUCUCUAUUACUUCCAAGAGGUCAUCGUAGAUUCGCGAGAGCCUGUGUACUAAAAGUCUUAGUAAAAUUAUAUAGCGACUACAAAAAGCUUUAGGACAAUAUAUGUGCAGAUAUGAAAAUUCCAAUAUUCCCGUUUGGUCUAUCGCAAUAUUUUGUAUAAUACUAGUCAUUGUUAUUAGCGUGCACACAAAUAAUGUUGAUUCAUCUUUCAGUAUUUUUACGUAGCAUUUAUAGUUUGUAUUUUUGGCACACACGCUAGUCAUUUUAAGAACUUUUUAAUGAAGCCAAUACCAAAUGCGAGCAGAGAUUCACCUGUUACUAUUAAUAUCGUGAACUGAAUCAAUCAAUCUAUUUCCCAAAAUUUCAAUUCUUUCAUGUUACAUUACGAGCUUAUAUAGAUGUGACGCUAAAUUUUAAUUCUUUACGCAAUUGUGCGAAAUG